AUGGCUGUGUACGUAGAUCACUGGACAGAAGCUCCUCAGUUGGUUGCCUCCCCUUCCCAUAUAGCGUGGCAUCCACUUCAUCCACUCCUGGCAGUUGGUUCCAUCACCACAUCAUCUGGGGGCCGUGUGGAUAUCUACCUGGAACAGGGAGAACAUGUGUCAGAUACUCACAUUGAGAGAAGCUUUCAUGUCACAUCACUUUCCUGGCACCCUUCCAGACCCAUCCUUGCGGCAGGCUGGGAGACAGGAGAAGUUGUGAUACUUAACAAACAAGACAAGGAGCUGCACACCGUACCACUGAAUCACAAUGCCAAAAUUACAGUCCUGGACUGGAGUACAAAUGGUACCUGCCUCGUAUCUGGUGAUAGGCAUGGUGUCCUGGUUCUCUGGAGAAUGGACCAGCGAGGCAGAGUGCAAGGUCCUGCCCUGCUGAAGCAGGAGUUUGGAAAAGGUCUCUCUCACUGUGUCUUUCGACCACCCCCUCCUGGAGAGGACUUUGUACAGCUGGCAAAAGCAGCUGUGAGUGGUGAUGAGAAGGCCUUGGAUAUGUUUAACUGGAGAAAAGCUGGAACAGGAGCACCUGUGAAAGUGGGACUCCAGGAAGGUCUCUCGUUCUUUAUCACUUUGGCAGAUGGUUCUGUGCAUUACGUGAAUGAGAAAGGGAAGACAAGGCAUGUGCUGUCCACAGACAGUCAGGUCCAAAAGCUUCUGUUCAUGGAGAAAAGAGAUGUUUUAGUUGUGAUAACAGAGACUCUGCAGUUGUCUCUGCAUGCAGUUACCCUUGAGGGAGAGGCAGAAGAGCUCAUGAAGGUGAAGUUGAGUGGGAAGAUAGGUCACUCUGCAGACAUCAUUUUAAUAGACCAUAGCCUUGUCGUUACAGCACUAGGUGAGGCAGUCCUCAGGUUCUGGGAUUUGGAGCGAGAUGAGAACUAUGUGCUCUCUCCAGAUGUGCAGUUUGGCUUUGAGGCAGGAGAAUGCAUUAAUUGUGUUUCGUACUGCAGUGCUAGAGGUCUUCUAGCAGCUGGUACCAACAAAGGGAGAAUAGCUAUGUGGAGGAAAGCAGCAGGAUCCGAUCAGAGUGUACGGGUGUUGGAAGGCAAGGAGAAGUGGAAGCUCCAGGCACCUACAGAGCUUGAAGGAAAUGUCACUCAGAUAAAGUGGGGCUCCCGAAAAAACCUGCUGGCAGUGAACAACAUCAGCUCUGUGGUGAUCCUCAGCGAGCAGGCCAUGUUGUCUCACUUUCAUCAGCAAGUGGCUGUGGUACAGGUGUCUCCCAGCCUGUUCAAUGUGACCACCUUCAGCACAGGAACCACGCACAGCCUCCAGGUUGAUGUGAAAGUUAACGGAGUCUUCGCUACUAAGGAUGCUGUGGUAUUCUGGAAUGGGAAGCAAGUUACUGUCUUUGAACAUUCAGGAGAUACCUUCCUAAGUACAGGCUCUUUUCUUUGUGACUCUCCAGUUCUCUCCAUGCACGGAGAAAAUCUAUACACAGUUGAGCCAUAUCGGGUCCAGGUCCGUACCUGGCAGGGCACAGUGAAGCAGCUGCUGGUGUUCUCUGAAGCAGAGGGCAAUCCUUGCCUCUUGGACGUCUGUGGAAAUUUCCUGGCUGUGGGAACAGAUUUGGCUCACUUCAAGAUCUUUGAUCUCUCUCGCAGAGAGGCAAAAGUGCACUGCAACAGCAGGAAUUUCUCUGAGCUGUUCCCUGGCCUCGGAGGCAUUGCGUCAGUCAAGUGCAAUGCUAACGGCAAUAAAGUCAGCAUCCUUGUCAGCAAGGCUGAUGGGAACCUUGAUUCUAAGAUCUGUUUCUAUGAUGUUGAAAUGGACAAAGCUACGCUCUUUGAUUUCAAGGCUGACCAGGGAAAUGGCAGAGAGAAACUUUCUUCUGGACAAUGCAUUGACAAGUCUGUUGUGGAGUAUCCAGAGUUGCACAGUCACAUCCCUACUUGCCAUUUCUGGGAUGAGACUGAACCAAGGCUUUUUGUAUGUGAAGCAGUUCUUGAAAAAGGCCUACAAGCUCCAGAUGAGAAGAGAAACCAGCCUGAGGGCACAGUGGAUGUUUGGAUUAUAUCAUUCUUCAAUACUGAAGAGCAUGGCCUUUUGCUUCAGGACAGCUUUCCAUUGCCUUCAUCCUACCAGAUUCUUCUGGGUGUAGAGGUACCACACUUUUACUUUGCAAAAAAGCUGGGAGAAGCUGAGAAAGGACAAGAAGAGUCUGGCUCAAUAAAGGUCUCUCAGAUGGUUGCAAGAAGACCCAUGAGAGAUUUUGUUGGAUUGGGAGACUGUGAUAAGACUACCCGGGAUGCCAUGCUGAACUUCAGCUUCUACCUGACUGCUGGGGACAUGGAUGAGGCCUUCAAAUCCAUCAAGCUGAUAAAAAGCGAGGCUGUCUGGGAGAACAUGGCUCGCAUGUGCGUCAAGACUCAGAGGCUCGACGUCGCCAGGAUCUGCCUGGGACACAUGGGGCAUGCCAGAGGAGCCAAGGCACUGAGGGAGGCCGAGCAAGAACCGGAGCAGGAGGCCAGAGUGGCUGUGCUGGCCAUUCAGCUGGGCAUGCUGGAGGAGGCAGAGCUGCUCUACAAGGCUUGCAAACGCUAUGACCUGCUCAACAAGCUCUACCAGGCCUCCAACCAGUGGCAGAAGGCCAUCCAGACAGCUGAGGCUCAUGACAGGGUUCACCUGCGCACCACCUACUACAACUACGCCAAGCACCUGGAGGCAACCGGAGAGCACAGCCUUGCCCUGACCCACUAUGAGAAGUCAGACACGCACCGGUUCGAGGUGCCCCGAAUGCUCUCUGAAGACUUACAAGCCCUGGAGAACUACGUCAACAAGAUGCAAGACAAGAGCCUGUGGAAGUGGUGGGCUCAGUACCUGGAGAGCCAGUCAGACCUGGAAUCUGCACUCAAAUACUAUGCACUGGCUCAGGAUUAUUUUUCCCUGGUCCGUAUCCACUGCUUUCAGGGCAACAUUCAGAAGGCUGCUGAGAUAGCAAACGAGACAGGGAACUGGGCAGCCUCCUACCACCUGGCACGGCAGUACGAGAGCCAGGAGGACGUCAGGCAGGCUGUGCACUUCUACACCAGGGCCCAGGCCUUCAACAACGCCCUGCGCCUCUGCAAGGAGAACAAUUUAGAUGACCAGCUGAUGAACCUGGCUCUUCUGAGCUCUCCAGAAGAUAUGAUAGAGGCAGCCUGCUAUUAUGAGGAAAAGGGGGAGCAAAUGGACAGAGCUGUCAUGUUAUACCACAAGGCAGGACAUUUCUCCAAAGCCCUGGAGCUAGCCUUUGCCACACAGCAGUUUGGGGCCCUGCAGCUAAUUGCUGAAGACCUGAACGAGAAAUCAGACCCAGCUCUGCUAGCUCGCUGCUCCGACUUCUUCAUUGAGCAUGCCCAGUAUGAGAAAGCAGUGGAGCUGCUGCUAGCAGCCAGAAAGUACCAUGAAGCUCUGCAGCUGUGCCUGAAGCAGAACCUGACCAUCACAGAGGAGCUGGCUGAGAAGAUGACACUCUCUAAGGACUGCAAGGAGCUGUCUGAGGAAUCCCGGAGAGAGCUGCUGGAGCAAAUUGCUGACUGCUGCAUGAGACAAGGCAAUUACCACAUGGCAACCAAGAAAUACACAGAAGCAGGGAACAAGUUAAAGGCUAUGAGGGCACUGCUGAAAUCUGGAGACACCAAGAAGAUUGUUUUCUUUGCGGGAGUCUCCAAACAGAGAGAGAUUUAUAUCAUGGCAGCCAACUACCUGCAGUCCCUGGACUGGCGGAAGGACCCCGAGAUCAUGAAGAACAUCAUCAGCUUCUAUUCUAAAGGAAGGGCCCUUGACCUACUGGCAGGAUUCUAUGAAGCAUGUGCUCAGGUAGAAAUCGAUGAGUACCAGAACUAUGAGAAAGCACAAGGAGCACUGACAGAAGCCUACAAGUGCCUUGCAAAAGCAAAGACCAAAAGCCCUCUGGAACAGGAAAGCAAACUGGCACACCUGCAAAGCAAGAUGACCCUGAUAAAGCGAUUCAUCCACGCUCAGAGAGUGUACCCUGAGGACCCGAAGGAAGCAGUCAAACAGUGUGAACUUCUCCUAGCUGAGCAAGACCUGGACAGUGCCAUCCGCCACGGCGACAUCCUGGGCUUCCUGGUGGAGCACUAUGUGCGAGCGGAGGAGUUUGGUGUGGCUUACCAGUAUCUGGAAGAGCUGCAGAAGAGAAUCCCACCCCAGAACCUGAGCUACUAUGUGACUCAGCAGACCUUGGAGGCAGUGCACCGCCGAGCUGGCGUUCCCUUGAGCCGAGCCCUGGCCUCAGAACAGAUUCACCACAGCAGUGUGGAGAACAAGGAGGUGGAAGAAGAAGUGGUUGAUGAAGUGGAAGACCCUUGA